AUGGGUGCCCAAAAAAGCUGGGAACUUGAAGACCUUCUUAAAGAGAAGAACAGAGAGCUUGCUGAAGAGAGUACUGAUGAGGAGGAGGAGGGUGAGCUAGGUAUAGCCAAUCAGGAGGAGCCUCAGGCUGAGGAGGAGCACUUACUCUCUGAAUUAAAUAAGAGAGUAUUACGAAAAGAGUAUAAAGGUCAGCUGACCUGUAUUCAUUCCCCUGGGACUUUGAAUAAGCUCCAUAGUCAGGAUAUAUACUCCAACCUUCCCAAAACAGGCGCGGUACACAAAAAGGACUGUAUUACGCUUAAUAAAGCUGUUCAGUUAUUUAAUAAUCGUGGUACUGUCUCUGUACAACAAGCUGCAGGUCGUACUAGUAGCAAAAGGAGGAUGGAGCCUCAAAGGGAGGCUCAGGCUGUACGGGCGAAAAGAACAAAAGUGGCUUCAGUUAAGGCUAAGGCAAUUCAGGAGGGUAGGGCAGGAACCUAA